AUGCCUAUCCAAAUUCAAUCAAUCUCCACUUCAAAUAAACAAAAAAAGGAAAUUCUCAUUCCUAUUAUUGAGGACAGAUUAUACUGGAUUUGCGGUAGUUAGCCUCCUAAAAGCUGCUAAGACUCUUUGUAUUUCUGCGUAGAUGAGGAACUUGUGUAUGAGCCUUUGAAUAAUGAUUUUGGACCUUUUUGUAUAGAAAAUACACUAUAAUUUAUAUAGAGUGUUUAAGAACUUUUGAAUAAUCCUGAAUAUUCUUCCUCUAAAUUAUAUCAUUAUACUACAUCUGAAGAUUCUGAAAAAAAAGUUAAUUCAGCAUUUUUAAUUGGCGCUUACUAGAUACUUUGCUUAAACCGUUCUGCAGAAGAAGUUCAUCAAAAAUUCAAAAACACAGAAUUUAUCACAUUUAGAGAUUCCUCUGAUAUAAAAAAUGAUUACAAAUGCACACUUUUAGAUUGCUUGAAAGGCUUGGAAUAUGCUCACAAGCUCAAAUGGGUAGAAAUCCAAAAUUUUAAUAUUAAAGCAUAUCAAGCAUUAAAAAAAUUCGAUAUUACUGUUGUGAUUCCUAAUAAAUUAAUUGCCUUUUAAAACCCAGAAUUAUUCUCCCAAUAAGAGACUCUCUGCGAACUUACAGUUGAUUAAUCCAUAAAUAUUUUUAAAUAAAUGGGAGUAAAAUUAGUAAUCAGACUAAAUAAAUCAUCAUAUUCACCUUAACUCUAUGAGAGAAACGGAAUAAAACAUGUAGAUCUCAUCUUUCCUGAUGGCACUUCUCCAUCUGAAGAAAUAAUGUAUAAAUUCUUAUAGCUAGUAGAAUCUGUUGAUGGUAUGGUUGCAGUUCACUGCAAAGCUGGAAGAGGAAGAACAGGAACCUUAAUUGGUUGCUACGCAAUUAAGCAUUAUCAUUUCCCAGCUAAAGACUUUAUAGGAUAUAUCCGCAUUAUGAGACCUGGAAGUAUUCAUGGACCUUAACAGCCUUUUUUAAAUCAUAUAUAAAAAACUUUAAUCGAACAGUAAGGAAGUAAUAGCUAAAUUUGGGAAAGUGUAAGACAUCUAGUCGAACCUUAAAACGAAAAAAAAUAUUUAAUUCCUCGUAAUAGCUUAAUGUAAGAAGAAAAUGCAUUGAAGCAAUAACCUAGACCUCGUAGUCGCGUAAAAAGCUUAAUGAUUUCAAAAUAAUCAUCUUCGAAUUCUAAUCAAUCUGAUGAGUAGCUUACUCCUCUUAAAAAUAACUCCUGCAUCCAUAAAGGCAGCACCUUAAAUGAAGUAAGCACUGCCAGUAGCAGUAAUAGCAGUAAUGCUGUAGGAAUUUAUAGUAGUAAUGAAAAAGAAUACAUCAAAAAUUUUACAUCUGCUACUGAUAAAUUUACGGUAACACCGUUCUAAACUCUUUACAAGGCUAGAACGAAUAAUCACAGACAUGUUAGAAAUAUAUCUAGUUAUUACAAUAAAUUAGAUCAGAGCUCAAUAAUUAAUUCAUCUACUUAAAUUAAUGAAAUACCUUCCUUAAACAGUCUUUAAAAUACUAGAAACUCGUAGUUGAGUGUUGACAAUGCUAGAAAUUACGGUAGACGCGUCUUACCAUCUACUUCUAAGAAUGGUAAAAGAAUUGUUGUAGGAAGAAAGAAAUAUGAAGAAGAUAAAAAUUAUUCUAUGAAUAGCUUCUAUGGACUUGAUAACGAAAGUAGUAGCUCAUCCACCCUUAUAGAAUAAAAAUAAAAAAAAUAAAGAAAUCUUUCACCAAUAUAAAAUUCUAGUGAUAUAAUAUUCAAUAAUUUAUGCAAACUUCAUAACAAUCAAUAAACUAAAGCAUAAGAAAGGCUAAAUUAAACUGCUAAUUUUAGUUAAUUAAGCAAAAACUUAAUCAGUCGUAAGACCUAUAUUAUAAAAUAAUAUAGCAAGCCUCUGCCACAAAUAAAUUGA